AUGCUCUGCAAGACCACCAUUCUUUUGGCCGGUGCCUUCGCACUUGGUGCCCUCGCCGCACCCAUUCCCGACUGCCCUGACAGCCAGACCGGGAACAACUACACCGCUCCUGGAAGCAACGACAAGGUCACUACUGGUUCUGUAACCGCAGACCAGCUUAUCCAAAUCGCUCCGGAGACUGCGUCCUGCUCUGGCGCUCCUUUCCCAGAGGAGUGCGCAGAUGCCACCGUUGCGGCUACUGCCCUCAACAAGUCCUUCGACACAUACGCCAUCAAGACUGCUGGAGAGAAGGCGGCGCUCAUCGCCUACACAUUGUUCGAGUCCGGCAACUACAAGUACAGCAAGAACCACUUCCCCGGUCGUCCAGGACAGGGAACUCGCAUGAUGGCCUUCCCUUCGUUCAUCGCGAAGUACGCCGAUGCUGUUGUCGGCGCCGACGCUGUUGCUACAGCAAACGCUACUGGAGGUGACGCCGGAUUGAACGCUGUUCUCGCUCUUGUCAACAGCGAUGAUGAGACGAGCUUUGGCAGCGCAGCCUGGUUCUACAGCACUCAAUGCACCGCGGAUGUCAAGGCUGGUGUCGCUGCUGAGACUGUUGACGGCUGGCAUAACUUCUUGACAGCGUGUGUUGGAACCGAACUGGAUGCGACUCGCGACACUCCGUGGGGUGCUGCUAAAGCUGUCAUUCUUGCUUAG